UUUGAUUUUUAUUUGUAAGGGUUUAAAGUUCAAACCCUACUUACUUAUCGGCAAGUUGCUAACAAACCCACCGUUUCCUCUUUUUCAUUCGUAAUUUUCUGCGUCUACUUCCUCACUUCUUCAUUUGAUGUCUUCUUUCAUUUUUCAAUCUCAUCUCACUUUGCUUCAUCAAUCUUCACGCCUCACUCCUCACGAAAUCACGGUGCCAGUGCUGAUCCGUCUCUGCCUACUUCUGGAGAAUUAAGAUUCAAACAACAAAAAAUUCUAAAAAAUUUACCAAUUACAAUCAGUAAGGAAAAACCAUGAGUAAAAGAGAAAAAACUGGGUUAGGAAGAGCCUUGGUGAAGCACCAUAAUCAAAUGGUGCAACAAUCAAAAGACAAAGGGCGUUUCUACAAAACGCAUAACAAGAAAGCUCUAAUUUCUGUUACCGAUGUUUCCGAUAUAGAUGCCGUAAUUGAACAAGCAGAAGAAGCUGACCGCCUUUAUUCUGCUGAUAAUCCAAUUCCUCACCUUUUAAUUGAUGCGGACCCGAGUUCAAGCUCUGUUUUCUUGACAUCUGAUCAAAGGAGGCAGCAACAGAAGUACGAGGAGGCACAACAUGCUGCAAGCCUUCGUGUUCCUCGAAGGCCGCCGUGGAAUGUUGGGAUGACAGUAGAUGAGCUUGAUGUCAAUGAAAAUCAAGCCUUUUUAGCCUGGCGAAGAAGCCUUGCCAAACUUGAGGAGAAUGAAAAGCUUGUCCUUACUCCAUUUGAGAAGAAUUUGGAUAUAUGGAGGCAGCUUUGGCGAGUGGUUGAGCGCAGUGAUCUGCUUGUCAUGGUUGUUGAUGCUAGAAACCCUUUGUUCUACCGUUGUCCAGACCUCGAGGUGUACGUGCAAGAGGUUGAUGAGCAUAAACGAACGAUGCUUCUUAUUAACAAGGCCGACCUUUUGCCUUAUACUAUUAGGCAGAAAUGGGCAAAUUACUUCCACGAUCAGGGAAUUCUGUUUGUAUUUUGGUCGGCUAAAGCUGCUUCUGCAGCUCUUGAAGGGAAGAAGCUUAAUGUAUCGGAGCAUAUGCAAGCACAAGAACCCGAAGAUGAUACAAAAAUAUAUGGCAGGGAUGAAUUGCUGUCCCGCCUACAAUCUGAGGCCGAGGAGAUAAUGAGAUUGAGGAAAUCAGACUCUGAAGCUACAAGUUUCUCAGAUUCUCACUCCCAAGUUAGAAGUACUGGAUCAUAUGCAGCAUCAAACAGUGUAACUGUGGGGUUUGUCGGUUACCCCAAUGUGGGAAAGAGUUCAACCAUUAAUGCUUUGGUCGGAGCAAAGCGUGCGGGUGUUACCAACACUCCUGGAAAGACAAAGCAUUUUCAGACGCUGAUUAUAUCUGAUAAGCUUACCUUAUGUGAUUGCCCUGGACUUGUUUUCCCAUCUUUUACUUGCUCGAGAUAUGAGAUGAUUGCAUGUGGGGUUUUGCCGAUAGAUCGGAUGACUUCCCACCGAGAGGCUGUACAGGUAGUUGCAGAUAAAGUUCCAAGGCACUUGAUUGAAGAAGUAUACAAGAUCACUUUGCCGAAACCAAAGCCAUAUGAGCCUCAAUCUCGACCUCCUCUAGCUGCUGAGCUUUUGAGAGCUUAUUGUGCAUCUCGGGGUUAUACAGCUUCUAGUGGGUUGCCCGAUGAAACUCGGGCUUCCCGUAUAAUCUUGAAAGAUUACAUUGAUGGGAGGCUUCCUCACUUUGAGUUACCUCCUGGAAUGUCAAACGAGGAGAGCAAAGAGAAUUACGAAAUUACUGCUGCUAAUUUCGACUUGUCCGACAUAGAUGAAUCCGAUACCUCCGAGAUCGAAGAAGUAUCUAUUGAUGCUGAAAAUGAGCCUGAUCUUGAGGCUGUAAUGAAUGAUCUUCAGACGUUUGAUCUUUCAAAUGGAUUAGCGACAGAGAAGGCAAAUGCGAAGAAAAAGCCUACUAAAGCACCACACAAACUCCACAAAAAGACACAGAGAAAGAAAGAUCGAUCAUGGAGGGUUGGAAACGAUGGUGGUGAUGGGAUGCCUGUGGUGAGGGCCUUCCAGAAGCCGGUACCCAUAAAAUCGUAGUGUAACACCUUAUGAACACCUUCAUGUUAUACAUGGUUUUGAAUUGCUUAUAGCAAGUCCUUGCUACUCAUUUCACUUCCAAGAUUUCUCAUUGUGGAUAGCCUGCGUAUUAAGAGUUACAGUACUCCUUUUUGUUCAUUGUUCCCAUGACUUGCACUUGGCUGCUCUAAUUAAUUAGGAAAAAAAUAGAAUGCAAGCUGUACCAUUACAUUGAUUUAUUACAAUAAUAUGUGUUGUUACGGUG